AUUUCUGCAUACGGUACGUCACGAACUAGGCCACGUGUCUUGGCCCCAUAACGCCGAAACAAAUCGCUCCUGUAUGUUACCCUGCGCCACUGAGCAGUUUGUAUAGGAAUGAAUGGGCGGCCAGUCCGUGGUCCAUCCUUUAUUAUGUCCAUGCUCUGGCAGCAUCUUUAGACGGAUGAGGAAGCCGGAGCCAAUACGUCAUAGGCCACGCCUACUGGAUACAAACGCAGCGCGGGAGUCAGAUGAGGUCAGGUACAUAUGGCCGUCCCGUUGCUAGAACACGGCAGCGCCAAACAUUUCACUGACGACUGCUUCCUCAACUUGGGCCAAUACAGAGCUGGACUUGCUCAACGUCUGAAAAUCAAGUCUGGAUCAGUACCAACUCUCCUCGGCUCAGCUACAAACCUCGAAAAAGCCAGCUCAUCAAGUGCUUACAUUCAGCAGCUUCUCAAGGGAUGUUGCCUGCCAGACAGAAAACCUGGAAACGCAUAUUUGUAGGCACAAAGCUGUCCUUAAAGUCUAUGCAGCCCCAUUUUAAAAGUGAAGAAGACUGCGAUGCCUUUGGAGACCGUAGCACUCAGCGUGGCGCCACAUCAGAGAGCCUGGGUGUUGUCGCCCCUGGCUCCUCCUCCCACAUGUCCAGUCACAGCGAGGAACUGGUGCAGCAAACCCCAGACACCAUUUCAAUCAAGCUUGAAGAGGAUAUUGGUGGAGGCUUGCCCGCUGGAGAAGACUGCGAUGCCUUUAGAGACCGUAGCAAUCAGCGCAACGCCACCUCAGAGAUUCUGGGUGAGGACGCCCCUGGCUCCUCUCACAUGGCCAGUCACAGCGAGGAACUGAAGAUUCUGAGUGUCUACGGAAAAGGGGAGGGCCCACUGGCGGUGGACGGCCAUAACACCCUCUUCACCGCGUCUGAAGUGGAGGCCCUGAACUUGCUGUCUGCGGACCACAGUGCGGCCAAGAGCCUGGAGCGCGGCGAGCGGCUGGUCUGCCACGAGGAGCUGAGUGUGCAGCCGGAGACCCCAGACACCAUUUCAAUCAAGGUUGAAGAGGAUAUUGGUGGAGGCAUGCCCGCUGUAGAAGACGUCAAUGACAUCAGAGACUGCAGCACGCAGCGUGGUGCCACCUCGGAGAGUCUGGGUGUGGACGCCCCUGGCUCCUCCCACAUGUCAAGUCACAGCGGGGAGCUGCGGAUCCUGAGCGUUUACGGAAAAGGGGAGGGCCCACUGGCGGUGGAUGGUUGGUGGAAGGUUUCUCCCAACAAUGCCAAUAUGAUCGUACACAUGAGGACCCGACCAGACGAGAAGCCGUACGGGUGUGACCAAUGCACGAAGAGCUUCAGUCAGAAAGGCAACCUGAAAAUCCACAUGAGUACGCACUCCGGGGAGAAGUCCUACAGGUGUGACCAAUGCACGAAGUGCUUCAGUCUGAAAGGCACCCUGAAGCGCCACAUGAUGACUCACUCUGGGGAGAAACCCUACAAGUGUGACCAAUGCACGAAGCGCUUCAGUCGGACAAGCCACCUGAAGAUCCACAUGAGGACUCACUCCGGUGAAAAGCCCUACAAGUGUGACCAAUGCACGAAGGGCUUCAUUCUGAAAGGCUCCCUGAAUGGCCACAUGCUGACUCACUCUGGCGAGAAGCCCUACAAGUGUGACCAAUGCACAAAGCGCUUCAUUCGGUCAUACCGCCUGAGGAUCCACAUGAGGACUCACUCUGGGGAGAAGCCCUGCGUGUGUCUGCAGUGCAACGCCAGCUACUGCGGCCCAAGCAGUUUGCGUGUGCACAUGCUCAAGCACACUUUGACACGGGGUAACGGGACUGGGGGCGCUAUUCCAGGCAAAGGAGGACUCUGUACCGGAGGCUUGGAUCAGCUGGAGAAUCAGUUUUUAAAGAAGAAGAAGAAGAAGAAGAGGAAGUUACGCCUCCGUCUUGCAGGACGCAGACAGACCCUACUCUACGAUCGUGUACUACACGUAGUUCUUUCCUUGAGAGACACCAUGGCUCGCAAACGAGCGAAGCAUAGCAGUUGCUUAGUGUUUGGAUGUACAAAUGAACACAAAAGUCUAUAUUUUGUUCCUUCCUCCGAGCCGCUGAAGAACCAGUGGGUUAAUUUUAUUGUCUCUGGAAAUGUGCCAGUCUGCGCCAAACAUUUCACUGACGACUGCUUCCUCAACUUGGGCCAAUACAGAGCUGGACUUGAUCAACGUCUGAGAAUCAAGUCUGGAUCAGUACCAACUCUCCAUGGCUCAGCUACAAACCUCGAAAAAGCUAGCUCAUCAAGUGCUUACAUUCAGCAGCUUCUCUCAAGGGAUGUUGCCUGCCAGACAGACCACCUGGAAACACGUACUGUAAGCACACAGCUAUCCUUAAAGACUUUGCAGCCCCAUUUUAAAAGUGAAGAAGACUGCGAUGCCUUUGGAGACCGUAGCACUCAACGCGGCGCCACCUCAGAGAUUCUGGGUGUGGACGCCCCUGGCUCCUCCCACAUGUCCAGCCACAGCGAGGAGCUGAAGAUUCUGAGCGUCCACGGAAAAGGGGAGGGCCCACUGGCGGAGGACGGCCAUGACACCCUCUUCACCGCGUCAGAAGUGGAGGCCCUGAACUCGCUGCCUGCGGACCACAGCGCGGCCAAGAGCCUGGAGCGCGGCGAGCGGCUGGUCUGCCACGAGGAGCUGCGUGUGCAGCAGCAGACUCCAGACACCAUUUCAAUCAAGGUUGAAGAGGAUAUUGGUGGAGGCUUGCCCGCCGUGGAAGACUGCGAUGCCUUCGGAGACCGUAGCACUCAGUGUGGCGCCACCUCAGAGAUUCUGGGUGUGGACGCCCCUGGCUCCUCCCACAUGUCCAGUCACAGCGAGGAACUGCUGCAGACCCCAGACACCAUUUCAAUCAAGGUUGAAGAGGAUAUUGGUGGAGGCUUCCCCGCCCUAGAAGACGUCAAUGACAUCACAGACUGCAGCACGCAGCGUGGCGCCACCUCGGAGAGUCUGCGUGUGGACGCCCCUGGCUCCUCCCACAUGUCAAGUCACAGCGGGGAGUUGCGCAUCCUGAGCGUUUACGGACAAUGGGAGGGCCCACUGGCGGUGAACGUCCAUAACACCCUUUUUGCCGCGUCAGAACCGGAGGCCUUGAGCUCGCUGUCCGCUGACCACAGCGUGGCCAAGAGCCUGAACUGCAGCGUGCGGCUCGUCCGCCUUGAGGAGCUGACUGGGCAUCAGGGCGGCCGCAAGGGCCGGCCCGGUGUCUUUUGUGGAAAGGUUAUUCCCAACAAGGCCAAUAUGAUCGUCCACAUGAGGACCCACAACGACGAGAAGCCCUACAAAUGUGACCAAUGCACAAAGCGCUUCAGUGAUAGCUAUGCCCUGAAGAUCCACAUGAGAACUCACUCUGGGGAGAAGCCCUACAGGUGUGACCAAUGCAUGAAGUGCUUCAGUCUGAAAGACACCCUGAAUAAACACAUGAGAACUCACUCUGGGGAGAAGCCCUACAGGUGUGACCAAUGCAUGAAGUGCUUCAGUCUGAAAGACACCCUGAAUAAACACAUGAGGAGUCACUCCGGGGAGAAGCCCUACAAGUGUGAGCAAUGCAGUAAGCGCUGCAGUCGGAGAGAUGCCCUAAAUAUCCACAUGAGGACUCACUCCAGCGAGAAGCCCUACAAGUGUGACCAAUGCAUGAAGUGCUUCAGUCUGAAAGACACCCUAAAUAUCCACAUGAGGACUCACUCCGUCGAGAAGCCCUACAAGUGUGACCAAUGCCCGAUGCGCUUCAGUCUGAAAGGCAGCCUGAAGAUCCACCUGAGGACUCACUCUGGGGUGAAGCCCUACAAGUGUGACCAAUGCACGAAGUGCUUCAGUCUGAAAGGCAGCCUGAAGAUCCACCUGAGGACUCACUCUGUGGUGAAGCCCUACAAGUGUGACCAAUGCACGAUGCGCUUCAGUCAGAAAGGCACCCUGAAGAUCCACAUGAGGACUCACUCUGGGGAGAAGCCCUACAGGUGUGACCAAUGCCCGAAGUGCUUCAGUCUGAAAUGCCACCUGAAGAUCCACAGGAGGACUCAUUCCGGGGAGAAGCCCUACAAGUGUGACCAAUGCCCGAAGUGUUUCAGUCUGAAAGACGACCUGAAGCGCCACAUGAGGACUCACUCGGGGGAGAAGCCUUACAAGUGUGACCAAUGCACGAAGCGCUUCAGUCGGACAGGCACCCUGAAAAUCCACCUGAGGACUCACUCUGGGGAGAAGCCCUACCAGUGUGACCAAUGCACAAAGUGCUUCAGUCUGAAAGGCACCCUGAAGAUCCACAUGAGGACUCACUCCGGUUAGAAGCCCUGCCUGCAUUGCAACGGCAGCUACAGCGACCCAAGCAAUUUGAGUGUGCACAUGCUCAAGCACACGGGCAAUGGGGUGCUUUCACACAGGGUAACGGGGCGAGAUUGA